AAGCAGUAAAGUUAACAGUAGUGAGACAGGGAUUUCUUUACUAUCUAAAGUUUUUCUCUCUAAUAAAACAUCUGAAACUCAAGACAUCUUUAGAAAGAGCUCUUGCUGAAACAUGUUGGAAGACAUCGUAUCUUAUUUCUACCCAGAAGAUAUUUUUUCCUUCCUCAUUCUGAAUUGAUUGUCAACAGAUGUGGCAGCCGUGCCGGUUGGUUGGGUUGGCUCUUAAAGUCAUUCGUGAAAGACAGAGAUGAAUCCUCUUCAGACUGGUCCUUGGCAAAACAACGCUCUAUCUUUCUGGCUUCUGAAAUUCAGUUUUCUCUGGCUCGUCAGUCAGAACUGUUGUACAGCAAGUGCAGUUUGGACUGCGUACAUGAACAUAUCAUUUCACGUGGGGAACCGCAUGCUGUCAGAGCUGGGGGAGACCGGGGUCUUCGGAAGAAGCUCCAUUUUGAAGAGAGUAGCAGGAGUUGUUGUGCCACCAGAGGGAAAGAUUCAAAAUGCUUGUGAUCCCAAUACCAGUUUCAUCCUGCCACGGAACAAAGAGCCGUGGAUUGCGCUCAUUGAACGGGGAGGUUGUGCCUUCACACAGAAAAUUAAGGUGGCAUCUGAGAAGGGAGCCAAAGGCGUGAUCAUCUAUAACUUUCCAGGUACUGGCAACCAGGUUUUCCCCAUGUCUCACCAGGCAUUUGAAGACAUUGUUGUAGUUAUGAUUGGUAACGUCAAAGCAUAUUUCACCUUUUAUCAUAUUCGGAGACUCUGGGUGGCAAGGAUUGAGGACAGGAGAUGGAAGCGAUUAACAAGAGAGCUCAAGAAAGCUUUUGGGCAGCUGCAAGUUCGAAUAUUAAAAGAGGGGGAUGAGGAAGUCAAUCCAAAUGCAGAUAGCUGUGUCAUCUGCUUUGAAGCCUAUAAGCCUAAUGAAAUAGUUCGUAUUCUCACUUGCAAACAUUUUUUCCACAAGAAUUGCAUUGACCCCUGGAUUCUAGCCCAUGGCACAUGCCCCAUGUGCAAAUGUGACAUUCUGAAAGCUCUGGGGAUUCAGAUGGACAUUGAGGAUGGAACAGACUCUCUACAAAUUCUGAUGUCAAAUGAAUUGCCUGGAACCUUUUCACCUCUGGAAGAAGAGACAAAUAAUGAACUUCCUCCUGCAAGAACUUCAAGUAAAGUGACCCACGUGCAGGAGCACCCUACUUCUGUGAACACUGGCAGCCAGCCUCCUGAAGCAGAGGAAACCGGUCAUCCUUCACUUGGACAGCAUGACCUUUGAGCAAGUGGAUUAAACCUGUUUGUCAAAUCAGGUCCUCAUG